AUCACAAACGUCUGUCAAACAAUGCCAGAAUAUUUGUGUUGUAUAAAUUAUUUGUGUAUAUUAAUUCUGGACGCCCUCUCUAAUUUAAAAGAGCUAAUAGAAAUGGAAAUAUUGGUCCACAUACCCGAAUACAUAGCUAGCCUUAAAUAAAACACAAAAUUGUGGCCCAAAAUCAAAAAUUUAAACCUUCAUGACGUGACUUCCAAAAUCAAAAUGGGCGAAAAAACCAUGCCAAAAUACGUGAAAUUCCUCUUCGGAGGGUCAGCCGGAAUGGCCGCCACGUGCUUCGUCCAACCCCUCGAUCUCCUCAAAAACCGAAUGCAGCUAGCAGCCACCCAAAAAGAAAGAGCCACUUCCUUCCAAGUCGCCAAGAAAAUCAUAGCCACUGAAGGCAUCACCGGCUUGUACAACGGUUUAUCAGCAGGUCUGCUCCGACAAGCCACCUACACCACAACCCGCCUAGGAGUCUACUCCUGGCUCUUCGAAACCUUCUCCCAAGGCGACAUAAAACCAGGCUUUUUCGCAAAAGCAGCAAUGGGAAUGGCCGCAGGAGUGUGCGGAGCUUUCGUCGGUACUCCCGCUGAAGUAUCUUUGAUUCGAAUGACCGCCGACGGACGGCUGCCACCCCAAGAACGUCGCAACUACAAGAACGUCUUCGACGCCAUCAUCCGGAUGACGAAGGAAGAAGGGGUUCUGACGCUAUGGAGAGGUGCCAUACCCACCAUGGGUCGCGCGGUUGUGGUCAAUGCGGCCCAACUAGCCACGUAUUCGCAAGCCAAGCAAAUGUUGAUGAACACUGGGGUUUUUGGUGAUGGGAUUUUUUUGCAUUUUCUUUCGUCUAUGAUUUCUGGGUUGGUGACCACUGUGAGUUCGAUGCCUGUGGAUAUUGCGAAAACGAGGAUCCAGAAUAUGAAGACGGUUCAAGGGAAACCGGAGUAUUCGGGGGCGGUUGAUGUUUUGGCCAAAAUUGUUAAGAAUGAGGGGCUGUUUGCGUUGUGGAAGGGUUUCACGCCGUACUAUUUCAGGGUGGGGCCCCAUACGGUGCUCACUUUUGUCUUCUUGGAGCAGAUGAAUGUGACCUAUAAUAGGGUGGUUUUGGGUAAAACUGGAAGCGGAGGGCAACUAUGACAUGAUUCUAAAAAUUCUCUGAUAUUUUGUUGCUGGAUGAACUUGAAAAAAUCUUUUGAGCUUC